CAUAAUAAUGAUGGUAUAGCAGAUGGAUUCAUUUCCAUAUUUGUUUAUGGACAAAUGUGUGUUACUGCAUUUUUAUUUUAUUUUUUUAUUUUUAUGGAAUUUGUUCGUUUUGAGGUGCAUGUGUUUGAAUGUAAAACAAAGAGAGACUUGCGAUUAAGUGGAUGAGUAGAAAAAAAAGGAAAACAUAAAGCAUUUGACAAUGUGUUUAUUUAAUAAAUUCUGGCAAGACCGACCAGACGAAUGGCAGCAAGUUUCCUCUGCUGCAUUAUUCCUCCUGUUUUACAGAGGUUCCUCAGUUGUGUGGAUCUCCUUCAGUGUUGCCAUGACUAUGUCAGUUUGUACCAUUGAUGUCAUGGGUGCCUCACUUUCCAUCAGUGAUGUCAUUGAUGAGUCCAUUUCCUCUAGUGAUGUCAUGAUUGCCUCACUUUCCACCAGUGAUGUCACUGGUGAGUCCAUUUCCUCUAGUGAUGCCAUGACUGCCUCCCUUUCCACCAGUGAUGUCAGUGGUGAGUCAAUUUCCUCUAGUGAUGUCAUGCCUGCCUCGUUUUCCAUCAGUGAUGUCUUGGGUGCGGUUGGGCCGGCGUUCAGGGAUGUAUCUGCAGCCGCGAAGAGGGCAUUGUCAAUGGAAGUGGUGAAAGUGCCAUUAUUCCCCCUCAGGCAACCUGCAGAGCCCCAGGGGAGGCUGUCCCUGUGGAGCACCCCCACCAUGCUGACCCUGGCCCACCACCAGCAAACCCCGCUCCUCAGCCCAUCCCUCUGGGCGCAGGUCUUCAUGCAUGCACACGGCCAUGCCCACCGCCACAUCACUAAAGGCUCUGCUUAACACUCUCUGAUUGGCUGGAUAUGUGACAGCGCCAAGCAGGCCGGUGACGGUCUCCCCCACCACCCCUGACAGGGUGUGCGGGGGAUGGGUGUGCGGUGUGCCAGCACCUUUGCCAGUUCUCUUAGUGCCCGAUGCACCACAGAGCGGGCAUCGAAGUACCAUCUGGAGAAGUUUCCUGCAACUGCUGCUUCAUCCAGUUUCCUGCAGAUUCUGAUUCAAUCCCUUCAGACAGAAGAAACUUAAUUAGUGUCUGAAGUUCAUCCAGCCUCUAAAGCUGUGGUCUCAAACUCAGAGCCAUGGAGGGCCGUGUGCAUGCUGGUUUUUAUUCCAGCCUCAGACCUUGAUUAUAUCAUUAAUAAUUUGCUGAAUUAGGGCUGUAGGUCUGCACAUAAUGCAUUAUAAAGCAAAAUGUGUUAUUUGUGUUGUCUAAAUAACAACUGUUGCUUAUAUUCUGUGCUUCAAUGCAGUUAUAUGCAUAUGGCUGCAUGAGUAAUUGGAAUCAAUUAAGGCAGCAUUAAUCGGUUGGAAUUAAAACCUGCAUACACAAGGCCCUCUGUGGCAAUGAGUUUGAGACCACUGCACUAAAGAGACCAGAUGUAUUUUGACGAGGAAGAGAGAGUGACGUACAGGUCAGCGAAAGCAGCACACUUAACUUCUAGCAUAGCUUCUGUCUUCGAUCUUGUGCUCACUGGGGGACGAACGAUACUCAGUCACAAUAGUACUAUGUGGAGUUUGUACAUGAAAUGAUAGUGUUCCCGUUUUACAGUUGCAAAUGCAAUAGUUUUAAAGUAACCGGGAAUUAUAAAAUAUUAGUAAAGAAAUAAGCUUGCAUAAGGAAUGACAGAUUUGCCUGAGGCUAGUUUUGAACCCGAGCCCCAAUGGUCCCAUAGGCAAGCAUGUUACCAACAAGCCACCAACAGAGCAGGUACAAUGGUGUCAAUGGUUUUUUGCAUAAGGAAAUAAAGUUAUAAACACCUACUCAGUUAAAUAGCUAUAAACGGCUUUGCAAUAAGAAGACGUUCUUUCACGCUGUCAUUUGCUUGUGAUUUUUAAGAAAGCAGCCCAGUAAGCACAGUUCAGCUCCGGUUUUAUUUCUGUAGGAAACCCUGAAAAGUUCCAAACUCUCGGUGAUGUAUAGGUAUGGGGCAUGCCGCCGGGAUGGCAUACCCGCCAACCCAACGGUUUGAACUACCUAUGUUCAUGGUGGACUUGUCAAAAUGAUCAUUGAAGAUAUCUAUAAAUGUAUUCCGAUGAGUCAGAAUGAUAAUUGAAGAUAUCUUCAAAAUAAGAUCACUUUCCUUUCCUUUCAAGAUAUCCAUAACUUCUUUGUAAAUAUCUUAAAAGGAUUUUUGACUAGUAAUAACUGAAAUUCGAGGAAUCUCCACUUUUGACUAGUCAUAACUCCAGUUCAAGAUAUCUACAAUUGUAUUUUGACUAGUACUUGUAUUAUGUUUAGUCAGAACUAAUGUUGAGAAAUCUCGAAUCUGAGUUACGACUAGUUGUAAUUUAAAUGGAGAUAUCUGGAAUUCACGUUUUAGAUAGUCAGAACUGAAUAGUAGAUAUCUUUAAUUGGAGUUCCAUAGAACUUAAUGGCUGUUACGGCUGCAAACAACCACCGUGGACAUUAUUUUCUGCUGGACGGUGUCAUUGGACAGGAGCCCUGUUUAUUUCAUCACUUGCUUUUUCCCCAAACAAUAUGUUAGCCAUAAUCUUCGCAGCUGGUUUGACUAAAUUCUACCCUAUAGAAUGAGUUUUUCCCGUUUUUGCGAUCCACAGUGAUACCCUGUAUGAAGUCUCCGUAGCCGUAGCAUUUUCCCCAGGUGCAAAAAACUGUGAAGUCCCCCUCAACAUGUGUUUCUUAAGUUCAUCACAUUUUCUUUCAAAAAAACCCAAUAGGCUUUCAUAUGUGUUCUUUAUGUUUGGAUUCAAAGUUCCGCCUAACCAUGGUGGUGGUUCAUAGCUUCGUUAGCCAGAGUUUCGUAGCAAAAAACACAACGUGGGUUGGGUUGCAAAAAAUGCACAUUUUUAGACAGUUGCUGUAGUAGUAGAAGUAGUAGUGGAACUUUAUUUGUCCCCAGGGGGCUGUGUUACUUUUGUUUGACUUUAACAGUGGAUUUUCCACAUUCACAGUGAGUUUCAAUAUUUUGAGUGUUGCACUCGUUUGCAGGAGGCAAAUCGUUGACUGUGUACUCACCAGAAAUUAUCUCUGUACCUCUUGCAUUCUCAAGGUCAUGUUGUUUCACCUUGCCUGUAGUGUUGGGGAUUUCAUUCCAUUUCUUUUUAAUUGAUCCUGUUUUGAGCCACCGAUCCAUCUUGUCAAACUGCUAGCUUCUUAACACAGGAUUGCGACAAUUGGCUAUAAUGAAGUUAACCGGCUACAUUUAAGUUCACCUACAAAUAGAAAUGCGGGAAAUUGGACUUAACUGGCGUAGGCCUAUGUAAACUAUAUGUGCACUUUCGCAAAACCGUCGGCUACAUUGUUGAAGUCAGACAAAAGAAACAUUUUCACAAAUUGAAUUAACAAUAUUUGUUAAAGUUACAAUCUAGAAGAUUUCAGUUUCGUUCUCUUUGGCGGUACCAAUGGCGAGAAGCAGUAAUUGCAGGUGUGUUUUUGGACCUCACUUCCCAUAGAUCCAACCGGAUCCAACCAGUGUCGCCUGUGUGACGUCAGUCAGUUGGCAUCUGGGCCACGCCAAUCAUAACACUUACUAUUUACUGAAUAAAAAAUGGUUGUUAUAAAAGUAACGUUAUGUACAUACUCAUUGUCUAACAUUAGGCUAACUUAAGCUGUCUUUACACUGCCGAGCUGGGUUAAAAUGCUGUAGCAGACCUGGGGUAGAAUUAGUGAUGAUCAAUUUCCACAAACGUUCUUUAUCCACCUUUUGCCUGGUAUGAACAUCUUUACACUGCAGAGAAGAAUUUGCGGGAUUCGCUGUGGCUCGUGCAGUUAUGUAUCUUGUGCACAAUAAACAGUCUUUUCGUGAA